CCGCUGCCCGCAGGCUCUGGCCCUGCAGCUAACGCUGUCCCCUUUUCUUCCAGCCUUCAGGGUGUGCCGGUGGCUUACGACAACAUCAAAGUGGUGGGUGAGCUGGGCGACAUUUACGACGACCAAGGAUUCAUCCACCUGAACAUCGAAGCGGAUUUCGUCAUCUUCAGCCCCAAGAAGGGGAAAAAACUGGUGGGUGUAAUCAAUAAAGUGGCCCCUAGUCAUAUUGGCUGCCUGAUACAUGGGUGCUUCAAUGCUUCUAUCCCUAAACCUGAACAAAUGUCAUUUGUACAGUGGCAAGAACUGGGGUUAAAAAUAGGGGAUGAACUGAAAUUUAAAGUAUUGCACUUGGAUUCUGAUGCAGCUGGGGUGUUCUUCAUUCGAGGAGGACUCACUAAAAGCAGCAUGUGGCCCAAACAAUCUGAGGCAGUCCCUGACAGUGCAAAUGCAGAUGAAAUUCAGGAACUUGAACACCAGGAAAAUGGCGUGAAUUACUCUGGGGGAGAUAACAUCACAGAGGAGGAGCCUGUAGGUGAAACAGAUGACACGGUGAGGGAAGAUGCAGAAGAGCAAAGUGUUGAUUCUGCGAAUGGGUUAUGUGAUGAUAAAAACAAGAAGAAGAAGAAGAAAAAGAAAAAGCAUAAGCAAGAUGAACAGGAACAAGUAUUGCCUACCAGUGACUCCAGUGGUUACCAAAGUGACCAUAAAAAGUCAAAGGAAAAGAAAAGAAAGCAUUGCAAUGAAGUUAAAGAAAAUGGCUUACCUCAGCCAUCACAAGAACUCAAAGCUAAAAAGAAAAGGGACUAA